AUUCUAAUUCUCACAAGAAAGACAAGAUGAAAAUAUAACUAUAUUUUAAACAAUAACUUAAAAGUAGAUGAAUGAUCUGAACAGAUUUGACAUAUCAGUUUGUUUAAUAUUUUUUUUCACUUAAAAAGUUGAAAAGUAUACUUCACUUUUUACGUUAUGGCCUCAGUCGUAGUUUUUAACAACCAUCAUUUUGAAAAAUCAAUACCUACCUAACUCUUGAAUUGAAGAAAAAUCAGAAGAGCCACAAUUGAUAUUUAUUUAUUAUUCAAAUAAGAUAUUCUCAGUUUUCCAAUGAUAAAAACAAUAAGCAGACCCCAGUGUUCCUUAUAGUACUACAUUGAAAUAAAUUAAGGUGCGAUACAAAUAAUAUGAAUGAAGCUGAAUUAUUUAAACAUUCAGCUGUUCACAUUAUUGAUAUUAUCCCUGAUUCCUUGGCCCGGACCGAGCGUUUUCAAAAUCUCUUGUCCUAGAGAUAAUGCUCGUAUUGUGAGGAAUCUCAUAAAAUCGAAAUGGAUACCAAUUUUGGAAAAAUACAAAGUGAAUCUACCUAUAGAAUGUCCAUUUCACCCAAUGCGAGAUAUAUUUGCACCUCAAGAAGCUGCAAAAUAUCAUUACAGAUCUUCGCAGUGGACCUGUGGCUUAUGUGGUCAAUCAUUUUUCGAUGAAAAGCAGUUGGACAUGCAUUUCGACAAUCGCCAUAAAAGCCAUAUUAAUAUGGCAGAGGAUGCUGUGUGCCUUGCAGAUUACUGUGACAUAAUUAGAUGCGAUGUUCUAUUGACUCAAGAUCCAAAAUCUGUAUUUCCCGAUUCUGAGAAUACUGGUAUUGAGAUUUGGAGAGAGGCAUCAUCUUAUUCUAACAAAGCUUUAGUUACAUCUGGUCCAAGAGAUUUAGCAAAAUAUACUUCAAAAGAUGCACCUGCUACACCUCCAAGUAAAACCACCACAACAGAUACUAGCAAUUAUUGCCAAAAACCAGGUCCUGAAGAUACACCAACUGAUGAACAUAAUUCUAAUGAAGAUGAGAAAUCUCAAAACUCCAGUGCUAAUAAUAUUUGCCAAAGUGAUCUUGUUGAUUCAGCUCUUCCUACUCCAAACAAUAAGCAACAACGAAUAUUAGAACUGCAAAAGUUGAAAGCUAAUUGCAAGCCGGAAACGUUACAGAAAAUCAAAACUAAAUGCGAAAUUUUGGUAAGGGACUGCAUAGCUGGAUUACUAAUACAAUUGUCCAUUAAAGACUUCAAAGAAGUUGAAGAUGAACUGAAUAGAGCACUAUGCUGGUAUCUGACUUGCGAUAGGUAUUGGGAAGAUUUUCAAACCGAUAUCCGAAGUUUUCCUUGGGGGCUACUUUGCAUGAUUGUUAUGGUGUUAUCACUAGGAAUUUGCAUGUGCUACUAUAUUAUUUGGGUUCUGUUUGAUACCGACGAUGUGAGCGUCUCUAGUCUAACUGACCGCUCAACGCCAUCUCCAGCCCAUGUGUCCCAUAGGCACGAUGCGUACACUUCUUCAGAUGGACACCAAGUAUACAGUGAAGAUUAUUACUUAGCACCGGACAAAGACAAUGAAUACAUUUACGUAACUUACCCCCCUGACCUUAAACGAAGGUUGCUGGAAAGCUGCUACAAUAGAACAACCCGCUUGUGAGGUAGAAGAUAAAGAAGUAGUAUAGUUUUUGAAUUAUUAGUAAUCGAUUUGUGUAAAACAUUCCAUGAUUAGAUGUUAGAGAAGCACAUAUUUUUCAUCUCAUUAGCGUAGAUAGAAAAUUGUAGGGAAUAAAAUAUCUGGAUGAUCAUACACCUUCUGAAGAAUUUGCCAAAUAUACCUAUUUUCAGAUUAUUCAACACGACAGUGCAUAAUUCUUAAUUCAAGUUGGCCUUAUUGUAGAGAAUUUCUGAUAGCAACAUCAACUUUCUUCAUCCGUAUUUACCUGUUACCUAAAUGGCAGAUUAUGACCCCUUAUUAUUUUGAUAUAUUCUU